AAUCCAAACACAGACCCUUUAUAAACCCUUUCAAGAAUCAACUACCGAAAACAUUCCUUUAGCCUUUCUAAUCCUGCUUAACAUAGAGGGAGAACGAUCAAGAAAGAAAAAAACUUGGUUCACUCUCCCUUUUCAAAUUAUUCAACAUGGGAAACUGUGGUAGCAACCCCAAGACCAACGAGAGUCCUGAGUUGCCUGAGCCUCAUGUGACUGAGGAGGAUAAGGUUGAGCAAAAGGAGAAUGUUGAGACCAACACAGAGGAAACUCCCAACUCCGAUAACAAGUCCUUAGCCACCUUCCUCAACGAGAGAGCAGAAGAGGCAGCGAAGGUAGAGGAAGUAAAGGGAGAAGCCAAGGCAGAAGAAGAGAAGCCCAAAGCAGAAGAAGCAAAGACUGAGGCCUAAAGCUAUAAUAAUAACGUAGAGAGGCUUCUUAUACUUCAAAUAUACAAAUUUGUUGCUUUUGAUCUCUUUAUUUCUCCAAAAUAACUUAAAUAGAUCUGUUCUGCAAUUCGGCUGUGGAUUUUGGAUUUUCGCUUCUAAGUUUAAUAUGUACUUCUCUAAUUUUUCUCAAGAAUAUUUUGAUUCAACUGUUUUUUAAAGUUA